AUGCUCCCAAUAAAUAAACCACAAAAUACCAUAAACCUAGCGCAAAAAGUUUUCCAAAGAUUUAAAAGACAAGCAGCCACAAAUCAACUAAAUUCAUCAACUCAAAAAAUAGUAAAUCAAUUAUCAGUAUUAUCAGCAAGUAGAAAACAAUCAAGAUUAAUUCAAUUAUGUAAUGAAGAUUUAAUUAAACAUAGAACUAUAAUGAAUGCAUGGAAAUUAUUAAAAAGAAAACAACAACAAAGAAAAGAUCAUCAAUUAAGUUUACAAUAUAAAAGUAUAUAUAAUGCAAUGGAAAGUUUAAAAAAUGAAAGUCCUGAAUUAUUUGAUGCCGCUAAUACCAAAAGUAAAUUGAAAUUUACUACUUUCCCUAUAGAAAUGAGAGUACCUACAGAAUACCCACCUAAUAAACCUUGGGUUUAUGCAUAUAAUCCAAAGAAAUAG